AUGUCUGCGUUCUGCUCAGCCUUGGCGAAAGAAAAAGAGCUCGAGGGCAAAGUGUUUUCACACCAAGACCCUUUCUACGACAGACGGCUCGGGACCUACUACUCUGCCAACGCUGCUCAGGCGCCCUGGUGUAUGGUGCUUCCGAAAGCCACUUCGGAUGUGUCGAGAAUUGCACAAGUUCUCGAAAGAAACAACUGCCCCUUCGGCAUGCGCAGCGGUGCUCACUCGGCCUUCAGCGGCUCCAACGGCGUCAAGGAUGGCGUCACCGUUGACUUUGGCCACAUGAACAGUACUACAUACAACAAAAAGACAAAGAUAGCAUCAAUAGGGCCUGGCGCAGACUGGGGCAGUGUUUACACCGCCCUCGAACCUUAUGGCGUCUCUGCCGUAGGCGGCAGAGCGUCUGUCGUCGGCGUUGCAGGCUUCACCACUGGUGGUGGCUACUCAUUUCACACCAACUCCGCGGGUUGGGCCUGUGACAAUGUCGCCAACUUCGAGGUUGUUCUCUACAACGGCCACGUCGUAAAUGCGAAUUCGAAGGAUAAUGCGAACCUCUGGAAGGCGCUAAAGGGAGGCUCCGGGAACUUUGGCUUCGUCACCAGGAUCGAUCAGCACACUGUCAAGGGGAACCAAAUGUGGGGGGGGUUCGUCGGCUACGACCAGAGCAAAAGAGACGCUGUCUUCAAGGCCUACCUCAACUUCGCCCACAACAUGGACAAGGAUCCCUACAGCCAAAAUAUCGUGGCAUUGACAUACGAUAAGACUGGAUUCAACUUGAGGUCCAUCCUGUCCAACGUCCAAGCCAAGACAGAUGCUCCCGCCUUCAGCGAGUACUUCUCCAUUGCCAACACCUCCAGCACCCUCAAGGUCGGAUCAAUCGCCGACCUUGUUCCGCAGUUCACUGGCCCUACUCCCUUGGGACUGUACGCCAACUGGAUGGUCGGCCAAACAGCCAGCGAUUUUCGCAUAAUGGACUUCAUUGACAAGAAGCACAAGGAGUACACUCGGAAAAUGGCCGCCGCCGCCCCGGGCUCCGAUUUCGAUGUUCUCGUCCAGUUCCAGCCGGUCACCAAAUCCAUCGUCGAGCACGGCCUCAAGAACGGCGGCAACUCCAUGGGCCUAGAAGACGUCGUCGCCGAUGGUCCCAGUCUUAUGUGGCUCAUUGCCUUGACGGUUGAUACCAUAGAGAACCAGAGGGUCAUUCUCCCCCUGGCCCUCGAAUACCGAGAAGCGAUUGACAACUAUGCGAAGUCGCUCGGGUUGUACAAAGACUGGAGAUAUCUCAACUAUGCCUGGAAAGACCAACAACCACUCUCAUCUCACGGCAAGCAAACCGUCAAGUUCCUUAGGUCCGUUUCAGAGGCGUAUGACCCCCAUGGCGUUUUCCAAAACCUGCGGAAGACAGGCUUCAAACUCCGUGGUUAGGAUUGAGCGUUAAGCACGGCAUAGAAGCGUGAUUUUAUAGUUAAUAUUUCUAAUGUAAUCAUAAUACCC